AUGGGACGAGACGGGAACCUGGGACACCUGACUUUGGCUGCCCCAAGGCACAACACACAGCAGGUGCAUCUGGAUUCUGAACCUUUGUUUAUCCGCUUCUUGCGGACAUUCAGGGAAAUCCUCAAAUUUGUCCUCUUCAGCUACACUGUGCUUUUCGGUGCCUUGCUUCUCGCCCGAUGGACCACUUACUACAUGAAGCAACCAGUCAGCAGCAGUACUGAGAACACCGGGCCAGCUUCAAAGACCCCCACUCUCCCUGAGUGGCUCACCAUGGCAGAGGUCGGGGAUGACAGCGACGAGGUGCAGUGGUGCUUUUCCCAAGUCAAAGGGGCGAUAGAUGAGGAUGUCGCGGAAGUAUUAUUUUUGUUUCAUAUUGGACGCUAUAUACAAAGUUGUAAGAUUAGUCACCAAUAUGUAAGGGUAUACGUCACCACUUCUGAUGUCAUAUCCACUGUUGAAUUCAACCACUGUGGGGAGUUGCUUGCCACUGGAGACAAAGGAGGUCGUGUAGUCAUCUUUCAACAGGAGCCAGAGAGUAAGAAUCGGCCUCAGUGUCGUGGAGAAUACAAUGUUUACAGCACCUUUCAGAGCCAUGAGCCUGAGUUUGACUACCUGAAGAGCCUUGAAAUUGAGGAGAAGAUCAACAAGAUUCGAUGGUUGCCCCAGAAGAAUGCUGCUCACUUCCUUUUAUCCACAAAUGAUAAAACCAUAAAACUUUGGAAAAUAAGCGAGCGAGACAAGAGACCUGAAGGUUACAAUUUGAAAGAAGAUGAUGGUCAAUACAGAGAUCCAAAUACAGUUACAGCACUAAGGGUACCAAUAUUUAGACCCAUGGAUCUGAUGGUGGAGGCCAGUCCGCGGAGAGUUUUUGCUAAUGCUCACACCUACCACGUCAAUUCCAUCUCAGUCAACAGUGAUUGUGAAACAUACCUGUCCUCGGAUGACCUUCGCAUCAACCUUUGGCACUUGGAGAUCACUGAUCGCAGCUUUAAUAUUGUCGACAUUAAGCCAGCUAACAUGGAGGAUUUGAGCGAGAUCAUCACAGCUUCAGAGUUUCAUCCUAACCAAUGCAAUACGUUUGUAUACAGUAGCAGUAAAGGAGCCAUCCGCUUGUGCGACAUGAGGGCAUCUGCACUGUGUGACAACCAUGCCAAAUUGUUUGAAGAGUCAGAGGAUCCAAACAAUCGUUCCUUCUUCUCAGAUAUAAUAUCAUCCAUCUCCGAUAUAAAGUUCAGCCACAGUGGACGUUACAUGAUGACCCGUGACUACCUGUCCAUCAAAAUCUGGGACCUCAAUAUGGAGACCCGUCCAAUAGAGACUUAUCAGGUACAUGAAUAUCUCAGGAGCAAGUUGUGUUCACUCUACGAGAACGAUUGCAUCUUCGACAAGUUUGAGUGCUGUUGGAAUGGGAACGACAGUGUGGUCAUGACAGGUUCCUACAAUAACUUCUUCAGGAUGUUCGAGCGAGGAUAUAGGCAGGAUGUGACCUUAGAGGCAUCAAGGGAGAACAGCAUGCCACAGUCUGUCCUGAGACCCCGCAAAGUAAGCUCAGGUGGGAAGCGCAAAAAGGAUGAGAUCAGUGUAGACAGUUUGGACUUUAACAAGAAGAUCCUCCACACUGCAUGGCAUCCGCUAGACAACGUUAUUGCUGUGGCCACCACCAAUAAUUUGUAUAUAUUCCAGGACAAAAUCAACUAG